UUUAACAUUCAAGUUUACAUUUUUAGUUCUUUCGUUAUGACAAUUAAAAAUUCAUUUAUCAUAAAAUUAAGGGGAAUAAUGUUCCUUACAAAAAAUUUCCCUGGAACUACGGCGGUUCGAAUCCGAUGAAUAUCCCGUCACAUCUCCUCGUCAUGGUCCGUGUUCCCUUCGUAAUCGGCGACAAUGAUCUGUACACCCUUACGCUUAUAAAUCCCUUCGAACCACCGUUUGAUUUCCGAUUCAAUCUCUGUUUUUUAUCUGCUCCCUUUCACCUGAUUCCGAAACCUAUCUCCGAUUACGCGACUUAAAAUGAGCUGGUGGUGGGCCGGAGCGAUUGGCGCUGCUAAGAAGACAUUUGAUGAGGAUGAACCUCCGAGGAGAUUUGAGGGCGUCGCCCUGGUGAUCGGUGUUACUGGUAUCGUUGGCAAUAGUCUCGCCGAGAUUCUCCCUCUUUCCGACACCCCCGGCGGUCCAUGGAAGGUCUACGGCGUCGCUCGGAGGUCGAGGCCAAGUUGGAACGCCGACCAUCCCAUCGAAUACAUUCAAUGCGAUAUCUCCGAUCCGGAAGACGCCGAAGCCAAACUCUCGCAGCUCGUUGAUGUGACUCAUCUCUUCUAUGUCACAUGGACCAAGCGAUCCACCGAGCUCGAGAACUGCGAGGCCAACGUUAAAAUGCUUCGCAACGUGUUGCGAUCAGUGAUCUCCAACGCGCCGAAUCUCCGCCAUAUCUGCCUUCAAACCGGUACGAAGCACUACGUCGGAUCCUUCGAGAGCAUUGUCAAUAAAUCCGUGCAGCCGCCCGGUUCGCCUUUCACGGAGGAUUUGCCUCGAUUGAAAUGCCCAAAUUUCUAUUACACGCAAGAAGAUUUGUUGUUCGAAGAAAUUGAAAAGACUCAAAGAAAGGAUCUGACAUGGGCGGUGAUCCGACCCAAUGUAAUUUUCGGGUUUUCCCCUUUCAGCUGGAUGAACAUCAUAGGAACCCUAUGUGCGUACGCCGCCAUAUGCAAGCACGAGGGACGUCCGUUGAAAUUCCCAGGCACGAAAUCGGCUUGGGAGGAGUUCUCUGUAGCUUCAGACGCAGAUCUGAUAGCGGAGCAGCACAUAUGGACGGCGGUGGAUCCGUACGCGAAGAACGAGGCGUUUAACUGCAACAAUGGCGAUGUAUUCAAGUGGAAACAUUUCUGGAAAGUGUUGGCAGAACAGUUCAACAUUGAGGAUUACGGGUUCGAAGAGGGCGAGAAAUUGACGUUGGUGGAGUUGAUGAAGGACAAAAGCAAAGUGUGGGAAGAGAUCGUGAAGGAGAAUCAGCUGCAACCAACCCGAUUGGAGGAGAUUGGUAAUUGGUGGUUUGUAGAUAUAAUUUUGAGCAUUUCAGGUAACAUAGAUAGCAUGAACAAGAGCAAGGAGCAUGGAUUUCUGGGCUUCAGGAACUCCAAGAACUCCUUCAUUUCUUGGAUCGACAAGAUCAAGGCUUUCAAAAUUGUGCCUUGAUUGAUUCCCCACUUCUUCUUCUGCAACUAUUUCCUUUGGAUUCUUCUGCAAUAAGCUUGAACAUCAGAAAGUGUUGCUUAAUUUUACUUUCUUCCUCUCUUUAUCUUCAA